AUGGUGUUACGCGUUCUGGAAUUAUUUAGUGGCAUGGGCGGAAUGCAUUGCGCACUUGAUUUGAGUGGAAGAGAAUAUGAGAUUAUUGCAGCUAUCGAUAUAAAUCCAACAGCAAAUCUUGUUUAUGCAUCGAAUUUUCCCGAAGUUUCAAUUAUAAAUCGUUCGAUUGAAACGAUACCUUUGAAACAGUGGGAAAAAUGGAGUGCCGAUCUAUGGACAAUGUCGCCUCCUUGUCAACCAUUUACUCGACAAGGCAAACAAGAAGAUCUAAAUGAUCGUCGUACGGAUGGAUUUGUUCACUUAAUGAAAAACAUUCUCUCACAACUGAAUUCCAAACCAAAGUAUAUUCUUCUCGAAAAUGUCUUCGGUUUUCAGAAUUCCGAUGCACAUCAAUUGUUAUUACACACGUUACAGUCAAAUCAUUAUUCCUAUGAACAAUAUCUCCUUUCUCCAAUACAAUUCGGCAUACCUAACUCACGUCUUCGUUAUUAUCUCAUUGCUAAACAGCAAGACCAGUUGAAUACGAAUGCUUCCGUUCUUCAAACUCGAAUAUCAAAUUUUGACCGCUUGUUAACGAAACUACACGAACAAUUUCCUUCGAAAUGUGGUGGCAGUUAUGACAAAAAUUCUCUCCAUCGAAACGAUCAAAUCACAGACCAAUGCAGUCAUUCAUCCGAAAUACUCAUCGAUUCAAAUCAGUCGAUGUUAAUCAAUGAUUUUCUAGUAUCGAAUGAAAACUCAGAAUUUGAAUUAGAUGAUAAGCAGUUAAAACGUGGUUUACAUGUGUGUGACAUCAUCACUUGUCAUGCGAAACGUUCGUUCUGUUUUACCAAAUCUUAUGGCAAAUACUUUGAAGGCACCGGUUCGUUAUUUCGAACAGAGACUGACCGUAUUCGAUAUUUCACACCGAAGGAAAUAGCGAAUCUACAUUGUUUUCCUCAAGGGUACCAUUUUCCUGAGGAGAUUACCAAUCGUCAGGCAUACGCAUUGCUUGGCAACAGCCUAAAUGUUUUUGUUAUUGGUGUUUUACUCGAAAACCUUUUUGAGCGCUGUUAA